AUGAUCGCUUUUAUCGAAUUCUGUCCAUUGGGUAAUGGGUACUUCUACGACGGCGCUGCGAUUGCAAUCUACGCAGGAAUCUCGGAGGGAAUAAGAUAUCUGAACGGAAGCGACACCAGUCCUCAUUCACCGCCUUCCGUUGGCCUUGGUAUUUCUCCUCCCGGUCGAUCUACGUCCCCUGGUUUUGACUCAAGCGCCGAGAAACCUGUGAAUCGAAAACGAACAAACACGGCUUCCAGUGGUGGUGGCGAGAAAAAGACACGGCAAAUAAGUUAUAAUUUCAAUGUGAUCACUUGUGAAUCAUGUAAAGCGUUUUUUCGUCGAAAUGCCAACAAGGAAAGAGAAAUUCGUUGUCCAUUCAAUGAGCAGUGUGAGAUUAACGUCGUUUCGCGACGUUUCUGUCAACGUUGUCGCUUAGCCAAGUGUUUCGAUGUUGGUAUGAAGAAGGAAUGGAUUAUGUCGGAUGAGGCUCGAUUAGAGAAAAAGCAACGUGUUGAAGAAAAUCGCGAACGUCGCAUGGCGGAUGCGAUGGCACGAGCAGAGACCGUCGACGACGAUGACACUCAAAAUGAUUUAGACGUGGCCGAGCGAAUGCGUCAGCGUUCUUCGCAAACGCAAGAACUCAGCCAACAAUAUGACGCUACUAAAAGUGAACCAAGGCUAGAAGAAACGCAACCUCUCGUCAGACCAUCCGAUGAGCUCUACAGUCUUAACCCACCUCCAGACCACCCAAAUGUCCCUAUUGUGGUGCCACCUUUGUUGGAAGCUGGCUCAACCGCAGCUGACGUCAGCUCAACAACGACGGCUGCUCCGACAAUGGAUGUUGAUCCAGCUACUACGAUGAGCAGCAGCGGUUUCAUACCUCCGGCUGUGACAAAGGAUCUGUUAGCUGCAGGAAAUAACAGCAGUAAUACAGAGACGUCCAGAGAGGAAGCGAAACUGGAAAGCACCGAAGAUUUUCACAUGAAUGGACUCUUGCCGUCAGAGGAGUCGAGCGUUCAGUGGCUUAACGCAUGUGCUCCCACAGUGGAUCCUAGUGUUGUAGUGGACGAAAGACCUAGUGGUCGAAGAGACUCGUUUUAUAUGAACUCAGGAAUGGUAGACACAAGAAUCAACUCAGUCCCUGCACCAACUAAUCUGAAUGGAUUGUCACCGUCAGACCACGUCACCAUUAAUGAAGUACUUACGGCGAAUCAUGCGUACAAGAAUUGCUCGGACUCAUGUGAUCAGUAUCGCCAUGAUGACCGGGGAUUUCAGCAAAUAAACUUUAGUGAUGGAUGUGUGCGACGUUUUGUUCGAAUGUUAAAACGAUUGCCGUGCUUCAACCUCUUCUCAACUUAUGACCGAUGCAUUUUGAUAAGAAGUAAGUUUUUGUUCCCAGUUGAGAAAGGUACGAUUACCUGA